AUGAAAGAAGAUAUAUCAAAAGUGACAAAAUCAUCAAAUAUGAUAAUAUUAAAAACAACUGAUGGUGUUUUUUUCAAGGUAGAAUCCAAAAUUGUGAAGAUGAUGGAAACUGUUCAAUCACUCAUUGACAAGUCUGAAGACACUGCAACGAUAAUUACUCUACCAAAUAUAUUCAGUGACGAUCUUGCUAUGAUCAUUAAUUAUUGCAAGAAAUUAUUACACUACGAACAAGAAGAGACCAAUGAUGCAAAAGACGAGUUUGAUGUUGAAUUUGAGAAUCAAUUGAGCGAAGAUGACAUAAUUGAGCGUAGAUGCAAAUUACCUAGGCAUAAGUAG